CGCCAUCGCCGCCCGCAAAAGCGCCAGGAACCCCAACGCACCGUCGUCGAGUUCUGGGACCGCUUCAAUAGCAAGCACCCGGGCAAGGCAUAUACCCUACUCCCGGAUAACUUCUAUGCGACGCGUGCAGCGGGCGCCCAUGCACGUAGGGCCAUCCUUCAUGGCGUGAAUGCGCUCGCGAGUUACGAGCAAGCGGUGGAAGAAUGCUGUGCCAAAGUGACGAAGAUUGUCGAGGAGUGCAGGAGAAUUAAUCAGAAAUAUCGGGAUCCCCAUUUCGACAUUGAAGCGGACUUGAAGCGGAUGAUCACGGACCGACAGCCGCCAGAUAGUUUGAUGGGCCUGGCGGAUACGGUGCUAAAGCUGCGCCCGAUGAGUGUGAAGAGGGUCGAGGACAUUUUUGAAGAUCCGCGGUUUUUCAUCGAGGGCGCGACGGCGAAUGAUGUGCGGCAGGGGAAGGAAGGGGAUUGCUGGUUCAUGAGCGCGCUGUGUACGUUGUCGAACAAAGAGGCGUUGAUUCCGAGAGUGUGCGUCGCCAGAAACGAACAGGUUGGUGUCUACGGAUUCGUCUUCCGUCGGGACGGCGAAUGGAUUUCGGAGGUGAUUGAUGAUAAGCUUUAUCUCAUCAAGGAGGACUACGAUGACAGUGCGCUGGAGAGGAACAACUUUCUCCAGCUGCAGAACCGGGCCACCCCGGAUGAUGAGUAUAAGGCGGUGAUGCAAACCGGGAGUCGGGCAUUAUACUUUGCGCAGUGCAGUGAUCAGAAUGAGACCUGGCUGCCAUUACUUGAGAAAGCAUAUGCGAAAGCACAUGGCGAUUAUGCCGCUCUGGAGAGUGGGUUCGUUGGAGAAGGGAUCGAGGAUCUUACUGGAGGAGUGACGACGGAGGUGUUCUCAUCAGAUAUCUUGGACCGAGACAAGUUCUGGGGAGAGCUGAUGAGAGUCAACGAAGAUUUCUUGUUUGGCUGUGGGCAAAUGGGAGGAAUAUACGGAUCAAGAAAAGGGAUUCUAGAGAAGCAUGCAUACGGCAUCAUGGAGGCGAGAGAGAUCGAGCACGAAGGCAAAGUCCAUCGUCUCCUGAAGUUGCGCAAUCCGUGGGGUAAUACAGAAUGGAAAGGUCCAUGGUCCGAUGGAAGUUCGGAAUGGACGCCAUUCUGGAUGGAGAAGCUGAAGCAUAAGUUCGGCGAUGAUGGUGUCUUCUGGAUUUCAUACAAAGAUUUGCUCCGUCACUACCAGCACUUCGACCGAACGAGGCUAUUCGGACGCGACUGGACUGUCACUCAGCAAUGGACCAGCGUACAAGUACCGUGGUCGUCGAAUUUCCUCGACACUCAAUUCCGGAUCACGGUGGAAAAGAAUGUACCGGUGGUCAUAGUAUUGUCGCAGCUCGAUGACCGCUAUUUCCGAGGUCUUGAAGGCCCUUAUGAGUUUCAUCUCCAAUUCCGACUGCACCGAAAAGGGGAAGAAGACUACAUCGUUCGCAGCAAUGGUGCCUAUUACAUGCGUCGCUCGGUCAGCGUCGAGCUCACCGAACCGGAGCUGGAAGCCGGCGAGUACACGGUCAUGCUCAAAGUCACCGCAAAGCGGUACUCCGGCGAGCCUCCACCCGAGCAAGUGGUUCAGCAAGUUUGCCACACGCGCCGCGAGAAAUUGCUGUCAGUGGGUCUGAGCUACGACCUUGCACAUGCGAAGGGGCAAUUCCGGCCGCUGGAAAAAAAUCGCUCCCAUGCGGAAAAGCGACGCAGACACGAGGAACAGAAGAAGUGGAUUCGGAAGAUGUUUGAGAAAGAGCGAAGUGCAAGAAAACGGGCGAAAUGGCGGGCGAUCAGGAUCGAAGAAAAGAAGUCGCUGAAGGAAGAACAGCGGUAUGCUGCACGGUUGGCCGAACUCGAGCGAAUCGAGGAAGAAAGAGAGAAA